AUGUCGACGCCAACAAACCCCUCCAACGGCCGAACGCCAACCGGGCCAAACGGAGCUCCGCCAAUGCGAAUGCGUCGCCCCAGACAAGCAGACCCCUUAGUUCGCCCAAAGCGAAGAGGUCCAGUGAAGGCCGCCACAGGUGCACCAGGAGGUCUCGCACCUCCAUCUCGACCAGGUCAACUCCGCCAAGUACCCGCAACAUCAAUCAAAACGCUCCCAACACGGCCCCAAAACCCGCAAGCUUCCUCCGAGAACCCUGCCCUGUCAGCUAUACCUCCCAACACCAACGCCAGCGCCAACACCAACGCAGCCGACCACUCCGUAAACGGCUUCAGUGGACCCCUCCUCUCAACAACCUACACCGAUUAUCCCGUGGUAACAACCAAACGCGCCCUCCUAGAAGGAAUGAAACACCACAUCGCCCGCUUCGCCGCAAAACGACCCGUCGAUCCCCGCGACGAGUCCCAAUUCACCCGACCAGUCCGUCUACACCGCCGCGACCCACGCACUCGAUCCCACGAAUCCAAUUCCGAACGUCUAGUCGGACCAGGAGGCGAACAACUUAGCGAAGCAGAUAAAGAAGCCAUGGACGCAAAGCGCGCACUACGCGAUAAAGAGCGUGCGGAGAAUCAGGCUCAAAUUGCUCCUGCGGCUGGAUCUUCGAAGAGACCUAAUGCGCCGAAACAGAAGACUCAGCAGGUUUUUAAGAGUGAUAUGACUCCCGAGGAAUUGGCGCGUGCUAGGGUUAGAUAUGAGGAGGCUUUGCCGUGGCAUCUUGAAGAUUUUGAUAAUCGCAAUAUCUGGGUUGGGAAUUAUGAGGCUGCGCUUUCGGAGACGCAUGCUGUUUUUAUGUUUGAUCAUGGACAGGGUCAGCAGGGGCAGGCGAAGGUGCGGAUGAUUCCCGCGGAGAAGUGGUAUAAGUUCAGUGCGAAGAGUCAGUUCAAGGCUCUUACUAUCGAAGAAGCGGAGAAACAUAUGGCGAAGCGAAUCAAGGAUCCGAGAUGGUUUAUGGAGAAACAGGCUGAGAUUAUGGAGAAGAGUCAGCUAGACCAGUAUGCGAAGUCUCGGAAGGUUUUCUUUGGCAAGCAGGGGACUCAGAAUGGACGGGAGGGUCUUGAGGGUGGAGAGAUGGAUUUCGAAGAGGAUCGAUUUGCGGAUGAUGAGGAGCAUGGUGAUGAUCUGUUCAAUGAUCAGGAUGAGGAUACCAAGGCUGCAGAGAAACGGAUUAAGGAAGAUCAGCUCAAGGCAAAUGUGUUUGAUCUUAAGAAUGAGAAGGAUUAUGAGGAAGAGGAGAAGCGCGAGAAGUGGGAGAAGGAGGCUCGUCAUGUUCAGGGUAAGAAGGUGCGGAAGGCGUUGAAGAAGCGUGAGAAGAAUUAUGAUUAUAGUUCUGGGUCGGAUUUUAAUCCUUACACUGAUGAGGAGAGCUCCGACGACAGCGAAACCGAGCGCCAAAAAGAAGAAGAAAAGAAAAAGGCCGAAGAAGAAAAGAAUCAACAAAAGGACUCCGGCUCAUCAAAAGGCAACAACACUCCCUCAGGCCGACCAAAAUACACCGACCCGCUAAAGAAAUCAGCCACUUCCCGCAAACGCCUCGGAUCCCCCAACGGCUCCGACGCAAGUGGAACAGACACAUCUCGCAAGAAGGCCAAGAACAAGCACGCCUCUUCGCACCCAACACCGCAACCUACAUCGCGACCAAUUUCGCCCACCGCAGCAGCAGCGGGUAAGAAACGCGUUCGAAAUAUUCCUCUCGGCGGAUCUGGUUCAGGUAGCGACGUCGAUAUGGCCGGUUCAGGCGCUGAAAUGAGCGAGAGCGGUAAACCGAAGAAACUUAAGCUUACUCUGCCAGGGCAAUCCAGGACUGGAACGCCUGUUGGUUCACGCGCUGGUAGUCCUAUUGCUGGUGGACGGAGUUUCUCUGGGAGUCGGGCUAGUAGUCCCGAGGGCGCGAGAGGCCGAUCAACACCUAUCCCAGGAAACCAACCCUUCCCAACACCCGCGGAAAUCCACGCCGCAAUUCCGGCAACAGGUAUCCAGAGCAGUGAUCUGUUGCGGAAAUUCCGACCUCGCAUUGGCGAUAGUAAGGAGAAUCAUCGGAGAUUUAUUGCUAUUGUCAAGGAUGUUAGUGUUUACAUUAAGGAGACGAGGUUGUUGCAGCCUGGUCCUUGGAAGGGGUAG